CUCUGCAGAGAUGGCAGAGGCACAUCAGGCGGUGGGCUUCCAGUUCACCGUGCGCCCUGAUGGUUUGGACUACAAAUUGAGUCAAGAGGUCAUCAAAAACAUCUACCUGUCAGGAGUGACAGCAUGGAAAAAGCGAGUGAUACAAUUCAAGAAUGGUGUGUUAGCUGGAGUCUACCCUGCCAGUCCAUCCAGUUGGCUGAUAGUUGUGAUUGCCAUAAUGAGCACAUUGUAUACCCGGAUAGAUCCCUCACUAGGAAUGAUUGACAGCAUCAAGGAAAACCUACCAUGGAGAGACUGUAUGUCAGUGCAAACCCGCACAGUGCUGAGUGCCAUCCUGUUUGCCACUGGUCUGUGGCUGUUCCUCAUCUACCUCUUGAGAUACACUCUCAAAGCCCUGCUCUCCUACCACGGAUGGAUUUUUGAAUCCCAUGGAAAGAUGAGUUCAUCCACCAAAUUGUGGCUGAGCUUGGUGAAGAUGUUCUCUGGACGCAGACCGCUCCUCUACAGCUUCCAGGCCUCCUUACCCAGGCUUCCUGUUCCUUCAGUGGAUGACACCAUUUGCAGAUAUCUUGAGUCUGUCCGUCCUCUGCUCGAUAACAAACAGUACAAUCAAAUGGAAACUUUGGCCAAUGACUUUAAAGAGUCCCUUGCGCCACAACUCCAGAGAUACCUCAUCCUAAAAUCCUGGUGGGCAACAAAUUAUGUAAGUGACUGGUGGGAGGAGUACAUCUACCUCAGAGGCAGGAGUCCUAUCAUGGUCAACAGUAACUUCUAUGUUAUGGACCUCUUGUAUGUGACCCCAACACAUCGGCAAGCCGCGCGAGCGGGAAAUGUGGUCCAUGCCAUGCUGCAGUACAGGCGCAAGCUAGAAAGAGGAGAACAUGCCCCUUUGAGGGCUUUAGGGAUCGUUCCUAUGUGUUCCACCCAGAUGGAGAGGAUGUUUAACACCACCCGCAUCCCUGGUGUUGAAACAGACAUUGUGCAGCACCUGAAUGACCGUAAGCACUUGGUUGUCUACCACAAAGGCCGCUUCUUCAAAGUGUGGCUGUACACUGGAGGUCGCCACCUCUUACCCAGUGAACUAGAGACACAGUUUCAGAGAAUCCUCAAUGAUACAUCAGAACCCCAGCCUGGAGAACUGAAACUGGCUGCCUUGACUGCAGGAAAUAGAGUUCCCUGGGCUCGGGCUCGUGCAAAGUAUUUCGGCCAGGGAGCAAACAAAGUAUCUCUGGACGCCAUUGAGUCAGCCGCCUUCUUCCUGACGUUGGAUGAUGAGGUGCAAGGUUAUGACCCCGCUAAGACUAAUUCACUUGACAGCUAUGCCAAAUCCCUGCUGCAUGGGAAAUGUUACGACAGGUGGUUUGACAAGUCUUUCACCUUGAUCUCCUACCCAAAUGGAAAAAUGGGUGUGAACGCUGAACAUUCUUGGGCAGAUGCACCAAUUGUAGGACACAUGUGGGAGUAUGUCCUUGCAACAGACUGUUUCCACCUUGGUUACACAGAAGAGGGACACUGUAAGGGUGAUGUCAACAAGGGCCUGCCAUACCCCACUCGACUACAAUGGCAGAUACCGAAGGAGUGCCAUGAGGUAAUUGACAGGUCAUACCAGUUUGCCAAGCAGAUAGCUGAUGACGUGGACUUCCACGGUUGUCUAUUUAAUGAGUUUGGAAAAGGCCUGAUCAAGAAAAGCAAGACCAGUCCUGAUGCCUUCAUUCAGCUGGCCCUGCAGCUGGCACAAUUCAGGGACCAGGGAGUGUUCUGUCUGACGUACGAGUCGUCAAUGACACGUAUGUUCAGAGAUGGACGGACAGAGACGGUGCGCUCCUGUACUUCUGAGGCUGUUGCCUUUGUUAGAGCCAUGGAGGACCCGGGUGCAACAAAUGCCCAGAGACUUGCCCUGUUUCGUAAGGCGGCAGAUAAGCAUCAGAACAUGUACCGUCUGGCGAUGACUGGUUCCGGUAUUGACCGUCACCUCUUUUGUCUCUACAUCAUGUCCAAAUACCUGGGUGUUGAAUCUCCUUUCCUAAAGCAGGUUCUUUCGGAGCCCUGGAAGUUGUCCACCAGUCAGACUCCUCAGCAGCAGCUCAACCUAGUCGACAUCAACAAGUUCCCUAAAUAUGUUGGCGCUGGUGGGGGAUUUGGCCCAGUGGCCGAUGAUGGUUAUGGCGUGUCUUACAUCAUUGUUGGAGAGAACCUCAUCACAUUCCACAUCUCCAGCAAAUUCUCCAGCCCUGAGACAGACUCAUUCCGUUUUGGUCAGAACAUCAAGAAGGCGAUGCUGGAUAUCCGAGCACUUUUCAAACUUCAAAAUGACGUGAAAACGGAAGAGCAGGCAAAGCACACAUGCCUGGAAAAUGGGAAAAAGCAGAUGUGAAUGGAUACUGCAGGAUGGAAGGCCGGAUCAGUGGCACAUACAUCCUGCGCAUGUUUCCUUGCCAUGUUUUUCAUUCAUAAAAACAAAGAUCAGCAGAUGUUGACGUCUCAAAUUAUCUUCUGGUGACAGAUUGCACUUUUGAUGUACAUGUUUUUUUUGUUUUUUUUUUUUUUUUUUGCUGUUGUUGUUUGUUUUUUGGAGGAUCAUGUGAAAACCGUAGGAGCUGGGUUUACUGUCAAAUCUGUUUGAUGAAAGACAUUCUUGUUAUUCCUCUGAAUUAUGUCAAAUAUUUAUACUGUACUUUUCAGAGCUGCAUUUGAUAUGGUGCUGAGGGAUGGACAUAUUGUUGAAUGAUGGGAUUUUUUUUUUUCUUUCAACAGUUGAUAGUGUUUCGGUUUGCUUAUAUAUAAGGGAAGACAUAAAUCUUUUGGGGGAUCUGUUAAUAUGUGCAUAUGUAAACUUGUAAAUAUAUCUACCGUAAAC